AUGAAUCCAAUUCCCCCGUCAUACGAGUCAGCGACAGACCGAGAUGCAUGGGUGAUAAUUGCUCACUACAUACCAUCCAGCGACCUGUGCGCUGCUUCACUAGUUAGCCAUCGAUGGCACGACCUCUUUGUGCCUUUUCUAUGGGGCGAUCCUGCCUCUCAUUUCGGCACGGAUAAUGAUGCUGUUUAUGUGGCCCUGACGCGAUUCCGAAGAACCCUCAAAUAUGCCAGACCAGAAGUUCGAGCUUUAACUCAUACACUUCACCUUCCGCCUGCGCUAUCGGAGAUCUAUGGUGGCCCACGACCAGGGUGGCUACGCGACAUUCUAGAAUACUUACCAUGUUUACAGUGCUUGAUGGUAUCGAAAUUACCUUUCUUUGACCAUAAUGCCAUGGUUGCACUGAAAAUCCAUCAGUAUACCCAAUAUAAUGUUCGUCUUCUGCUUGCAGACCAUGAGCCAAACACUACGUCUUCGGGCCUUGCGGAAACAAUUUUGCGGUUUCCUCUAUUGACAUACCUGGAUCUCUCAUACACAAGAUCGGCAAAAGAUCGCAGUGUAUUAUCUUCAAUCUCGCAGCUGGAACAUCUACAAGUGCUCAAGCUGCGUGGGAUCGGCCUGAAGGAUAAUGAUGCUGAAUUCCUUGCCAACGCAAUCGGGACUCGCGUUCGUUUUCUCGACUUGAGGAACAAUUUAUUGACUGAUAUGUCGGUCCGCUCUCUACUACAAGCUUCUUUUCCUCCGUCUAGUCAGCCGACACAGCAGCAUUCUCCGAGAAGGACUGGUACUUCUCCCGAUCCAUUCUCUCAAUCCAUACGCAUGGGCGAAUCCGACUUCUUGAAAUCCCCGCAGUUGGAUGAGCAGAUCAUCAAGCUUCUAGUUCAGCCAAUAUCAAGCAAUCCUUGGGUCGAGGACAUUCCACACGCCGGUGUCACGCACCUCUAUAUCGCAAACAAUCAAAUCACUGUUGAGGGUGUAGCAAGCCUUCUGGCGAGUUCCCGACUCCAUGCACUCGAUGCUGGAACAGUACAUACAGCUGAUCUCAUACACAUGAAAACCUUAUCCCGAAAGGCUGGGAGAUACCCAGGCGCGGAAAAGCUCGUGCCUCUUUUAGGUAACAUUGCUGGGGAAAAUCUGACUUACUUUCGAGCAAACCAUGCUGUUCUUACCGCGGAGCCUCCAGCAAAGGAUGCUGCACCGACAACUGAAUUUUUACCAGAGCUUCCAUCUGAUGAUGUCAGCCGUGAAUACGAAUUGGACGCCAGCCAAGAAGUUCAUGAGAUGGCCAGUGGCGAGCUGCCAGUUUUUGAAUUGGCGGAUACUUCAAUAUCUGAUGCUUCCAGCUCCAGAGAAACCAUCACUCUAGCUCGACCCCGUCAUUCGACUACUUAUGAGGACGAGGCUUUGCCAUCGGUCAGACGGGGAUCUGCUUUCGCCCCAGAAGUCAUCUUACCAAGCCGACAUGAGGGGAGUGACAAGGAUUCUCCUAGUUUGAGCCACGGCGUAUCCUUGGGCUCAAAUGGAUGGGGGAUCAGACGGGAGGAUACAGUGUCCUCGAUGUCAAUCAGUGCUUAUGGUGACUCACUGGGUCCCGACUCUUUAGGGCCCAUAGCACAGUGCAGCUCCCCUAUAUCAGGCGAUGAUCCUCGCGCCCAAAGUAUACAGGAACUUCUUGCCAAGCGUCCACGAAAUCAGUCACUUCCCCUUCGGGGUGGGAAGGAAAGCCGAUUCCCAUACCUGCAUCCCUCUCAUAUUCCACACUUAGAGACUCUAGUCUUGACCGAUGUCCCGUCACAUAUCCCACCCAACUCCCCAGUUUUAUACACCCUCAAACGGUUUAUAACAGCUUGUUCGAAUGAAGCGCUACUCGCAACACUACAGGCGGGGUCGGACUACUCGCUUCCACCAGGCAAAGCCCGUUUACAAGCCGAGCAGCAACGGUCUCGCUCGUUGUUUGGUCUUCGACGAAUAAUUCUCGAGAUUACACCUACAGACACCUCCACUCGACUUACUACCUGGAAACCCGCUAGUCAACACAACGGUAUAUCGAACUCGAGCACCGGCGAUCGCGACUCGGAGAAUCUUUGGGCAGCAGCAACUGAAGACUUCAGUUUCUUUGGCGAAGAGGAGUGCGGGAUUCCUGAAAAUGACCCGGGCAAAUACUUCCCCAUGGCCGUACUGAACGAGAAGGUCUCACUCAUGCCUUCAGACGAUGACUCCACCUACUCCGGCAAGGAAUCUCCCUUGCCUCGUGAUGUCUCGCGGCAGGGUACGACCUCUGUUCCGGGGCGAACUCCUAGCCCAUCGGGCCGCGAUGGUAGUCCAGAGGACGAACUAGUCCAGAACGUUGACGUCAUUGCCGAACUUGCUGUUUUCCGCCGGACAAAGAAAGCUGAAUAUGAGCAAGUGGUGCGGCGGGAGAGAGGACGGCGGAGCACGAUAGGCAGCGGUAUAUCCACUGGUAGUUUUCUGCCCGUGUCUGCGCCUCAGAUCUCCAUGGCGCAUUUCGUUGAGGGUCAUUGGAAGGGCGAAGUGAAGGUGGUACGGAACCCGACGCCAAAGGGCCGCACUGGGACAGUGGACAUGUAUGGGAACUAUUUUGAGAAGGGAUAUCUAUACCCAUAA